CGAGCCAUAUUCUUGAAGAUGAGAACCUCGCCAUUUACUCUCACCAUGGUAACGCCAACCAUGUAAUGCUAGGUUGGCUAGCUGCUUGGAUCUGCAGACAGAACUAAUCGAUCAUAUCGAGUGUCUGCUUCUGCUGCUGCAGACUUGCUGUGGAAACUAUGCUUGGAUUCGAUGAAACUACGAGGCUGUAAAGAACCAAUGGGCAUCUGAGUUUGCGGGUGUCGACAGAACAUGUUGUGUUUCAUGCGGACAACAACAGAUCCGAGUCGCCGUGAUGCUGCAUCUCCCCCUGAUGGUUACGGCUCAGGUGGACCUGGUCCUUGUGCUGGUCACUGUGCUGAGCCUGUGGACUCGACUGUGCCACCUCAGCUAUCCCAAUGCUGUGGUCUUCGAUGAAGUGUAUUAUGGCCAGUUUGUGUCCCUGUAUAUGAAGAGAGUUUUCUUCAUCGAUGACAGUGGACCACCUCUAGGUCACAUGAUAUUGGCACUCGGAGCGUAUCUGGGAGGAUUUGAUGGAAACUUUGCGUGGAACAGAAUUGGAGCAGAGUAUCCUUGCAGCGUGAGUGUUUGGACUCUGCGGUUCCUGCCUGCUCUGUGUGGAGCUCUCUGUGUUCCCCUGGUUUAUCUGUUGACUUUGGAGUUAAAAUUCUCUCACCUCUCUGCUCUGGGAGCUGCACUGCUGUUAUUGCUGGAGAACUCCCUGAUUGUCCAAUCACGCUUCAUGUUACUGGAGUCCGUUCUCAUCUUCUUCGUGCUGUUGGCCUUUUUCUCCUACCUGUGCUUCUACAACGCUCCCAGCAGCUCCUGGUUCAGGUAUGGCUGGCUGCUCCUCUGUGGAGCCUCCUGCGGUGCGGCCAUCGGGGUUAAAUACAUGGGCCUGUUCUCGUACCUGCUCCUGCUGGGUGUGGCCUCUCUGCACACCUGGAACCUGAUCGGAGACCGAACCGUCAGUCACCUCAGUGUGUGCGUGCAGUGUGUGUGUAGAUUUUUCUGCUUGCUGGUCCUUCCUGUCCUGCUCUAUGUAUUCUGGUUCUACGUUCAUCUGAGUAUCCUGAGCCACAGCGGUCCACAUGACCAGCUGAUGAGCUCAGCCUUCCAGGCCAGUCUUCGGGGUGGUCUCUCGCGGAUCACGCAGGGUCAGCCCCUGGAAGUGGCCUAUGGCAGUCAGGUGACGCUAAAGAGCUCUGCCUCUCAGCCAAUCCCCUGCUGGCUCCACUCACACAAAGCCAACUAUCCAAUCAGGUACGAAAACGGGCGUGGCAGCUCCCACCAGCAGCAGGUCACCUGUUACCCCUUCAAAGACGUCAACAACUGGUGGAUUGUCAAAGACCCCGACAGACAGGAAAUGAUGGUGAGCAGUCCCCCCCGGCCUGUCCGUCAUGGUGAUGUCAUCCAGCUAGUUCAUGGCAUGACCUCACGUUUCCUGAACAGCCAUGACGUGGCAGCUCCCAUGAGUCCUCACGCCCAGGAGGUCUCUGGCUACAUCAACUUCAACGUUUCUAUGGCAGCUCAGAACCUGUGGAGAGUGGACAUCUCAAACAGGGAGGUGGAGUCAGACGUGUGGAAGACCAUCCUGUCAGAGGUUCGACUGAUCCACGUCAACACCUCGGCCGUUCUUAAGCUGAGUGGUGUGUCUCUCCCAGACUGGGGUUUCCGCCAGCUGGAAAUUGUAGCGGAGAAACUGUUCAAAGCUAACACUGGCAAUUUGGGAUGGACGGUGGAGGAACACCGAUACGGAACCAGUCAGGAGCAGAAAGAGAGGGAAGUGGAGCUGCAUUCUCCAUCUCACAUUGAUGUGGACAGAAAGAUUUCCUUUUGGGCAAAGUUUUUAGAACUACAGUGGAAGAUGCUAACAGUAAAACAGGAAGACUCCGAACACAAAUACAGCUCCUCCCCUUUAGAGUGGAUCACCAUGGAAACCAACAUUGCAUACUGGCUGCACUCCUCCUCUAAUGCUCAGAUCCAUCUGAUUGGUAACCCAGUGUCAUGGGGUGUUGCCAACUUCAGCCUGUUGGCCUAUCAGGUGCUGGCAGUUUUCUAUCUGCUGAGGAGGAGGCGGGGCUUCAAAGACUUGCCUCACGGUGUGUGGUGUAAGUUUGUGUGCCUGGGCUGUGUGUGUGUCGGCGGCUGGUUAGUCAACUUUGUGCCUUUCUUGUUGAUGGAGAAAACACUCUUCCUCUAUCACUACCUGCCCGCUCUCUGCUACCUGUACCUGCUGAGCCCCGCCCUGCUGGAGCACAUGCACACUCAUCUUCUCAGCAGCGUGACGUACCAGCGAGCGCUGUGUGUGUGGGCCUCAGCUGUGUUGUUGUCUGUCUUCCUGUCAUAUCGAACCUUCUGCCCACUCACCUAUGGAAAUCCAGAGCUUUCGGCAAAUGAACUGCGAGGACUCAAAUGGCGGGACAGCUGGGACAUCCUGUACCGGAGACGUUAGUCACAGAGAGGACAACCAAUUAGUCUGUACAUGAUGAUGAUGUCACAAGAGUUGAGUGGAAAAAAACGUUUUAAAUAAAAACUACUGACAAAAAA